CAGUAUGCACAUAUACCUAUACCCAUGUCUUUAUCUCCUCCCAUAUCGAUAUAGAGCAUAAUGCUCAUUUCUGGAACCCACUAUACGGGGAGCCUAGUAGAUUUGGUCCCUGUAAUUCAUGCCUACAAGAAUCCGAGUCGGAUCGAGUUCUUGCCCUCAGCAUGUGGUUCACUAAUCUGUUCAAAAAACCAAGGCAUCUUGACAUGACUUAUUUCAAGUUGGGCAUCAUUUUCACAUGCGAAUACGGAAGCUCUUUCCUACCGUCUCACGCAAUAUAUAUGCAUGUACGCACCCCACGGCAUGAAAAAUGAUGAUUUUCCAGCUUACCGUAGCGUAUAUGACUGGCCGUUAUGAUCGUGACAUGGGUUGAUCGGUCUAAAACACCAUGCCAAAAUACACGCUUGUCGGUUUCCGUGCUCAACCCCGGAGAUGUAAUUGGAGCCAGGAGGUAGUCGACUAUUCGGUACGCGAUCGCCGGCAGUUUUACUCCACACUCCACACUCUCCGCGCAGCUCGUAUCCAUGAUCGACAAGAUUUUUGCGGGGGUCCUGUAUCUUUAGCACUGCAACCCCGGCUUUGGCACUCGCUUAAGAGCACAUUUCCCGGCUCUAAAAGUCCUGGAAUGAGCGUGUGACUUUCCCAACUGCUCCUUUUGGGACCUUGGACCGCGGCCAUCAAUAUUAUGCGUUUCAUUCAUUUGGACUUCCGCGGCAUCUUUGCGUUUUGAUUGAGUCGUACUCGGUCCGGUGAGCAGUAAUGAACGUUUGUUUCGACAUACCGCAAUGCUCUCAAUGGCUGUUGGUCGGACCGACCAGCUUACAGUUUGUGAUUUGAAGUCAGUAAGCUUAGAUGACUUUGAUGGUGACAUUCGAUGUCGAUCGUGGUGCUCAGGAGCUGGAUGCGAUGCCUGUUGUUCAGGCAUCUACAUAAGAAGCCAGCGUUCACCACGAUGGUAACACAACUCAACUUCGCAGUCUUCUUCGUAGUUUGAGUGAUCAUCAUUCAUUUGAUUAUCAGGAUGCAGUUCUUUCGAUCUCUUUUGGCUUUACUCCUCCAGGUGACUACCAUAGUCACCGCUGCUGAUACCAAUGCGUGGAAAUCGCGAAGUAUCUAUUUCGCCUUAACGGAUCGAGUCGCUCGAGACGGAAGCGAUAAUGGCGGUAGUUCAUGUUCUAACCUUGGGAACUACUGCGGAGGCACUUUCAAGGGGUUGGAGUCUAAGCUGGACUACAUCCAAGGAAUGGGAUUCGACGCCAUUUGGAUAACACCCGUCAUCAAGAACAGCCCGGGUGGUUAUCACGGUUACUGGGCUGAGGAUCUUUACGCAAUCAACUCGAACUACGGGACUGCAGAUGAUCUCAAAAGUCUUGUGAACUCGGCGCACUCCAAGGGCAUGUAUGUCAUGGUGGAUGUUGUUGCCAACCACAUGGGGCAGUCCGCAAUCUCGAGCAUGCGUCCCGAGCCUCUCAACCAGGCGUCCUCGUACCACAGCACCUGUGAGAUUAACUACGCCGAUCAAAAAAGUGUCGAAGUUUGCAGCAUUGCCGGUCUUCCAGAUGUCAAAACUGAGGACUCCAACAUCCGCUCCGUAUACCAAACAUGGAUCAAAUGGCUCAUCAAUGAAUACAAGUUUGAUGGAGCGAGAAUCGAUACGGUCAAGCACGUGGAGAAGGACUUCUGGCCUGGUUUCGUAUCUGCAUCUGGAGUCUACUGCAUUGGCGAAGUUUGGGAAGGCAAUGUGGAUUACCUUGCCGGUUACGCCAAUUCGAUGCCCGGCUUGUUGAACUACGCGACCUACUAUCCCAUGAACGAUUUCUUCCAGCAGAAGGGGUCAGCCCAGGCUCUAGUCGACUCUCACAACACAGUGAGCUCCAAGUUCCCGGAUCCGGCGGCUCUCGGUUCCUUCCUUGAUAACCACGAUAACCCCAGAUGGCUUUUCCAGAAGAACGAUCAUGUUCUACUGAGAAACGCAUUGACCUAUGUGAUCUUGUCUCGUGGUAUUCCCAUCGUCUACUAUGGAACGGAGCAGGCAUACGGGGGAGGCAACGACCCCGCGAAUCGCGAAGACCUUUGGCGCAGUAACUUCAAUACCGACAACGACAUGUACAAAGCCCUGACGAAUCUCCUGGGCGCGAGGAAAUCCGCCGGCGGACUUACAGGAAACGACCAGGUCCACUUGUACGUCGCCAACAACGCCUACGCUUUCAGUCGUGCGGAGGGCAAGCUCGUGGUCCUCACCACCAACGCAGGAAGUGGCAGCUCGCAGCAGCACUGCUUCAACACUCAAAAGGCCAACACUCAGUACACGAACGUGUACGGAAGCGGCACUGUCACGACUGAUGGCAGCGGCAAUGUCUGCGUGCAAGUGACCAACGGUGAGCCCGUUGUCUUGCUAUCGGGCGCCUCUCAGACGGCUCCAGGAACCACAAUGACAACGAGAACCACUGCUGCGCCUACUGCCAACCCGACAUGCGCAACCAUCAUCCCCGUGACGUUCACGCACAAGAUUGCCACUCAAUACGGAGAGUCAGUCAAGCUCGCCGGUAGCACGUCGCAGCUUGGUUCGUGGGACGUCAGUAAAGCACCAGUGAUGUCGGCAUCUCAAUACACCAAGGAAAACCCGGUAUGGAGCAUCACCUUGAACCUCCCAGUGGGCCAAGCCGUUGAAUACAAGUUUGUCAAAACUUCCGGCUCGGGCAGUGCUACAUGGGAGAGUGACCCGAACAGGUCUUACACGGCCCCAUGUCAAGCCAGUGCAGACGUGAAGAGUGAAUGGAAGUAG